AUGGACAACUUCUCUGACAAGCUCAGCACCGCACUGAAGAAUCCAGAUCAUGAAACAGAUGAAAUUUUAAAUCUAGCAUCUUUGCAUCCACAAGUUGCUGCAAUUGAUUCGAACUUUAUUCAAUUCGUCUUAGAAAAUAUGGACGAAAUUUUUCAGUUAGCCUUAGGAUUAGCAGGAGAAGAUAACCCUGGACUUCAGCGAAAUGCGUUUGCAAUCCUCACUAUCAAAGUAUCUAGUUAUAUUUCAUUAUUGAUUUCGAGUGAUCAAUUCUUGGAAAACUUAAAUGAGACGAUCGAAAGCAUAGGAAUUUUAGAACCUCCGAAUCUCAAGCUUUGGGUUCGUAUGAUGAAUACCCUCCUUGAUCUUACCGGAUUUGCCAUUCUGUUAAAUCUGCCAGGCCGAAAGAAGCUUUUCAGACGUUUGCUACCACAUGUCGGAAAAGUCGGAAUCUAUGAAUUUCUUUUCAGAAUUUGCGAUGAUGGCCAUGAAGCUUCGCAUCAAUUUCUUGAAAAAACACAUUCGGUUACAAGUAUCUACAACUGUCUCGGCAACGGCUAUGACUUGCAAAUUGUCAAGUUAUUAUGUGCCUGCUGCUAUUCAGAUACCUCAGGCAAGUUAAUUCUGAGUUUAUCAAGACCAGAAAGAACAGCUAAGAUAUUUAGCUUUGCAGUUUCCGAUAAUAUUCUUUUAAGCAAUGCGGCAAUGCAAUUACUCUUCGAAAUGUCCAGCCAUUGCGAUGAAGAUGACGAAGAUGACGAAGAUAGUUUAUUCCAAAGAGUAUUCAUGAAAAUUGUGGAGCGCAUAGAUGAAUUAAUAGAAUUUAUCUGCAAGCCACCAUUUACAUCUGCUAAAUUCAGAGCAAUUGACUUAAUUAUCGGAAUGAUCUCAACAGAACAUGCCGAUUUCGACAAAAUAUUGAAAGUUCUCAAAUGGGUAUGGGACCAAACAUUCGCAAAUCCUCUUUUAAGCCAGAUACAUUGUGCAAUGCUUCGAAUUUGCAAAGCAAUCUUCGAUUCCGAAGAGUUACCUGAAGAAUUCGUCACACAAUGCCAAUUCAGAGAGCGAAUUAUCGAAUAUAGCAACAAGAAAUGUACGUUUUCGGGACAUCUUUACGAGAUUGCCAGAAUGAUUCACGAAAUUGAAGAUUUUGAUAAACAAUCCCAGGCAUGGAAAGACUACAUUAACGGUCCUUACGCUAAAAUACGCAGUAUCCGAGAAAACGGCUACGGAGGACCUGUUCCAGAAAGACACAAGAUUUCCAUCAGUGACUAUAAGGUCGAUGGAAUACUGGAACAAACAAUUCAGCAACCAACUAAUUGCUAA